UACAAAAUUCCUUCACUUCUUAGCACCCGCGUCGUAGAGGUUAAAUCUAUUCGGGCUGUCCGGGGCAGGGAUCGGUUUUAAAAUGCAGUAAUAAAAGAAAGUAAAUUUAAUAUCUAAUAAAAUCGGCAAUCAAAACCCGUAAGAAUGUCAUACCAAAGAGGCAGCAUUCUUAGUGUCAGUUCUCGAAUGACAUUCAUGGACGACGAGCCUCAUUUUGAGGAUCUGACUGACGACGAACUGAGAGACACUUUGGAACAGGCCAUUCAACACAAUCGAUAUUUGCAGCUGGAGAAUGACAUAUUUGAGAGAUAUCUUCAGCGGCAUGAUCCUCAAAGUGUGCAGGUCAUGACUCAGGUGUUGGAUUCAGCUAAGCAUGCACAACGAGUGGCAUCCCAAAUGAUACCGAUAGCGUCUGCCUUAAGCUUGACCAGUGAACGACUGGGACGUGGAACAUCGAUGAGUGGAAGUACUUUGACUUUCACUGGUAGUCGCAGGACCUUUACGAACCCAAUGUUGCCGAGAAGGUUUCGAAUCUCCAUUUCGCACCGGAUUGAAAUGGCUGAAAAUGAAAUUGCGGAAAUGCGGAAAUCUCUCGGUGAGUUGGAAACGCUCGCGGCCAAGACGCGUGCCAAUCUUAGGGCCCAAAUGGAAGAAGUAGAUCUAAGGAUCAGGGAGACAAACGAAGCUAGGGCUGAGCUAGAGGAAAACGUUGUGAGGAAUGGCAUUGAUCCACUGACUGGAAGAAUACCUGCGGAAAAGUUUGUAAGAUUCAUGGAAGAAUGGCUAAGGGCGGCUGAUGCUAUCAUAGAAAAACUGCGGCUUAAGAGUGCCUCACUGAAAGCGCAAAUUGGCAAAGCCAAACAUCAGCUAGCCCAAAAAGAAGAACUGGGAGAAACUCUGCACCCCAUUGAUUUUGAACAACUAGCAAUUGAAAAUCACAAGUACCAGGAAAAGAUUGAUAGAAAGAAUCAUCAUCUGCUGCAAAUGAAGAAAAUCACAGGACGCUGCAGCCUGAGCUUGUCAAACCACAAGCAAAAACUUGCCGAACAAAUGGCCGUGUUAAAAUCAAUUGAGAAAGAAAUUUCCCGCAAGCAAGCUCAGAUAGAAAAGUUCAACAACGAAGAACACAGGACGGCCAUUGACUCGGAAAAAGCUGCUGAUCAACUUCGUCAAAUAACAGAACUAAUGGACGAAUAUACUGUGCCCGAUCUUAUUGAGUUUGUAAAGAUGCAAGACGAAUUAACGGAAAUGCAACGAACGUACAAGCGAUUGCAGAGACACCAUGAAGUGCAACAAAACGCCAUCAAAGCUUUUAAAAAUCAAUCGAAAGUAGAACCCGUCAUAAUCCAGUCAAAGAAAAUGAAAGAAUCGCGAGUCAAAUAAGAGGUAUAAAUGUGAGAUUAAAAUUCCAUACAGUGAAGAGAAUUGUCUGCAAAUUUUCAAAUGGGUUCUCUUACUACCAACAAUAUACCUAUCGCAACAAUUGGUAUUUAGUAACACAGGGUUACUUUGUUUAAACAAGUUUGAUAUCUCGUUUAUUGGUGUACAUAGUUGCUCAU